AUGCGAGUGUUCACUGUCGUAAUCACGUUUUCAGCCUCGAUUUGCAUCACUACCGCCUGCCUCCCAGUCAACUACUGCGACUCCCACUAACUUCAAAGCCCGCAUGCGCCAAUUAUCGGCCCGGUUGCCUAUCGUCAAUGUUCCUCUCGCGCAGGGUAGAGAGGUAUACUCGGUCAAAUUUUUACUGUAUUGCAGGUCUCAUACGUCCAUUUACAGCGCAACGUUGCAGCGGGUACUCCCGCUAAGAAUGAUGAUGGUUUUAUCCUUGAUGAAGACUAUGUCUCUCCUCCUCCUUCACCGACCCCCGAUUCACAACCUCAAUCCACGGCAAGGCCGAGUAAUGUUACAUCUGGAGAGCAUGGAGGCCGCCUCUCAUGUUUCUGCUUUUAGCACUCUUUCGAAGGUAGUUCAUUUUGAAUUGUUGCAGGCGUUGUCUUAUUAUGUAAACAUGUAUCAGAUAUUCAUUACACUCUUUGGAAUAUGUCUCGUCCUUUUAUCAACAGCACGCAUGCUGACUACGCAUCCCAUGUCUUCCAUCAAGUAUCCACUUCAAUUCCGCUAGAUUCAUCACGCAAGGCUACACACGUUUGCUUGAGCGCAGACGCGAGCGUUUCAAAACCGGACCAUUUCCAGUACUCCACACACAAGUACCGCACUUCAGGGAAGACCAUAACCAUGUUGCGUCUUGUGAUGAACCCCACGGUGUAAAGCGCAUGUACACGUUGAUAUCAUAUAGGAUGGUGCCGGUG